AAAGAGAGUACACCUAGAGUGCCAAAUUAACGAGCCAAGUUCCAGCAAUCUAACUUGUUCUGAUGAGCAUCCAGCAGAUAUGACGGCGGUUGUGGUAGACAUCCCGACAAGCCCCGAGAUUGGAGAUUUGGGCCCAUUACAUUCCUUAGCCCAUUAUGAGUUUUUUCUUCAC